GAACAAGAUAUCGUCGUAAUCCAGGAACCCUGUAUUGACUUUCUAGGUAACACAAAGGCAACACCGGACUGGAACGUUAUAUACCCCUCGAAUAGAUAUACUAAUCCCAACAGACCAUGCACAAUCACCCUCAUCAACAAACGACUCAAUGCCAACAACUGGCGACAACUCCCAUUCCCCUCAUCAGACGUAGUGAUAAUCCAGCUCAGCGGACCCUUCGGCAAACUCACUAUCAUCAAUAUGUAC